AGAGUUCCCGCCUCUGUAGGUGAGGAAAACACCUGUGGGGGAGAGAGAGCUGGUCCCUUUCCCCUGCUCAUUAAUUCAGUAAAUUACAGAGGGAAAUACAUGCCGGGAAAAGCAAGCAAAAUCCCAAAAGUUAAUCCAAGAGUUAUUUCCUCCUGGUACCGGGAUAAAAACGUGUUCUUCGGAGCUCUCCAGGUCAGACAUCGUGAACCCACACCAAAGAGCAAGCUGAAAUGAAGGGAUCCCACUUGUUCCUCUGCCUCUUCUCCAUGUGCUGCUGGGUGAAUUUGAUGCCCACAGCUGGGAACAAAAUCCUGCACUUUGGAGCCUGCAGGGUUUCCAUGAGCAUGACUGAGAUCAGGGCUGGUUUCACAGCAAUUAAAGCCAAUAUUCAAGCAAGAGACCCCAUCCGGACCCUGAGCAUCUUGUCCCAUCCACACUCCCUGCACAAGGUUAACUCUUCAGAUAGGUGCUGCAUCACCCACCACCUCUUCAACUUCUACGUGGACAAAGUUUUCAAGCACUGCAAGACCGAGGAUUCGUACGUGAACCGAAAAAUCAGCAGCAUCGCCAACUCCUUCCUCAGCAUGAAGAGGAAACUGGAGCAGUGUCAUGAGCAAAAUCAGUGCCUGUGUGGGCAGGAAUCCACUGAGAAAUUUAAGCAAAUACUUGCAAACUAUGAAGGGCUGAAUGUCACAAAUGCAGCAAUGAAAUCCCUGGGUGAGCUGGACAUCCUGUUAGACUGGAUGGAGAAAUCUCCUUAGGGAGCAGGAGGCAUCAACAACCCACCACGGCCGGGGCUGACGGAGCUGCUGGGACCUUGCACACCCCAGUGAUGAGAGGGACAAAAAUGCCCUGUAUCAGUGCAGCUCCUCACUGAUUCCAGCUGGGUUCAGUCAGAGUGCUUUGCUAGCCAGGCACAUCAGUCAAGGCACCAACAGAGUCUUCAUUAAGAUGGAAAUAACGAGUUUGAUUAAAUCAGCGCUACCCUCGCUUUGCUGGCUUCUAUCAAAGGAUGCUCCAAGGGAAAAAGCUCAAAGGGUUUCUCUUGCUAGCAGACAUAAGCUGUGACCAUGUAAUAAAAUUGUUGUUUAAGUUAUAAAUUUUCUGUGUAGGGAGUGUAUAUUCAGAUAGGAAAUGUGUAUUCAUGAGUGCUGAGUGCUGGCUGGAAGGACUCUGGUGCAGCUUAAACCUGGGCUCAGUCUCACAGGGCUGCUGCCACUGAUGGAUCUGGCUGAAACAAGGUGCACAGUGUGAGAAAUGCUUCCAAGAAUAGGUCCUAGAAGGUGUGUGAGGCCUUAGAGAUCUGUCUGUCCUUUUGAGAUGGUAUUUUCUGCCUUAUCAGUAAAAAAGUUUCUGUGCAAGACAUGUGGUUGCUGAAUAGAAAAAGGCUCCUGUGUGUGUUGUGCAAUUUACUGACACUCAGUAGUGAGUUUUGUGGAAAUUGGUUGCAAUGACUGUAAAU